AUGGUGUAUAAAGUGAACCCAGCGUUGGAUGUAUCUCCAGACCGUCCACUUUCGUUUCAGCCACUUCACAGCGACUUCGCCUUGAAGCUGGACGAGCUCGGCCAACGAAUUUAUACCAGACUUGUCAAUCACGAACUGUUUGUAAUUAUCAGUGGCACAUUUGACCGUACUCCAAAAAUCACUGAUGACGAAAAAUUCAAGUUGGAUCGUGUUCUUAAAGAUUUUGAGAAGGCUUGGUCAAAAGCCAACGCGAAGGCUAUCAACAACUUGGCGGACAAGCUUCGUGAUUUGACUAUUCACGAAAUAGUACAGGUUUUGCUCAAGAUCAAAGACCAGUUAUGA